AUGGCCGCAUUCCCGCCCGCCCGUGCCGUAUGGCCCUUGUGCCGCCUGCAGCUGGAGGAUUUGGACGCGGACAUGCGGGCGGCCGACAUCGGUGUGGACACCGACUCCGACGCAGACCCCGACGCGUGCGCGGAGGCGGCGGAGCUGGACAGGCGACGGGGGGAGCUGCCGCUUGGGGAGCAGCUGUGCGAGUUGCAGCGGGACCUCGCGGAGGUGGAGCGCAAGAUCUGCAGGUGCCGCACGGGCCUCCGAGUUGCGCCUGAGCUGCCCGGCGGCACCAAGGCCGAGGUGGCCCACGCUGGCAGCCAGGCCCUGGGGCGCAAGCUUUUCUCAUGCAUGUACUUCGCAAGAAGUCAGGACUAUCCCACGGAGAAGCUGGAGGCCUUCGUCUACAUCUUAGGCUCGCACUCCUCCAUUUACGUAGGCAAGGCGCUACUGAGAUCAGGCGUUCUCUCGGGAGUCUCGGGGCGCAUCCAGGAGCACAUGCGGUGCCAGGUGCUCCGCCUCCCGCACGAAUUUAAGAUGUGUGAGUACCCGUACAUUACCCGCGGUGCUAUCACGCACAUGGUCAACAGCAUGAAGUUUUCCCCAGCCAGACAGUGGUACCAGAGACUUAGUCGGGUCGCGUUCCAAGGCCAACGGGUUUGGGAAGAUAGAACUUCGGCUAGCAGGUUCUGCGCCGAGUACACGUCAGAGUGCCUCCCCGCCCCUGUCUCCGACUCCCAGUUCGUCUCAGGCGCUACACCCAGGGGCUUUGGGACGACUGUCGCCUUUUAUUCGGGGCGCCUGGCCCGUGCCCAGCACCUGUCCCUCACCAUCCCGGUUGCGCUGGCCUGGAUAUUGGAGUUGACCCUGGAGCUCAUCCUCCUGGCGGGAAGCGCCGCCAGCCCUGGCAACGCUACGAUGAAGAUCGAGACCGUCGGGAUGGAGGUCGAGUCGACUGGUACUCAGAAAGGGGCCAGUGGUCACGUCGUGAAGGCGAACGUGAAAGUGGGCAUGAUCGCCGCGAUUGGGAUCAACGCGGUUACAGCUCCGACCGCGAUCGAGAUCGAGACCGUGACCGUGGCCGCCGACACUCUCCAGACCGCCGUGAGGAUCGACGGGGUGAUCGCGACCGCGACCAUGCCCGUCGCGCUGGGGGGGGGGGGGGUCGGCCGCUCCAGCCCCCCAUCGGAGAAGGAGGGGGAACUCCAGAAGAUGCGAGACGCCCUCGCCGAACGGGAUCCAGAGCAUAGCACUUUCAUCAAGGACAAGAAGGGCAGGGUGGAGGAGAUGAAGCUGAGACGCCAGGGCGAGUACAUGGCAGCAGCGACGAAGUCGGCCUUUGGCGACCGCCUCUCCAAGCUCGAAGCCCAGAAGGAGACGAAGGAGUCCAAGGGCGUCGUGAGCAGGGCGGAGGUGGGCUGGCUCCAGGCGAUCAUCGGCAAGAAGAAGUCCCUCCCGUCGAAGCUCACGCGGGGUCAGGCGGCGGCCAAACUCGAGGAGGCCACGAGGGACAAAGCGGUGGUCAGCCAGGUGAACAAGUGCAUCAAGUCGCGCUUCCCACGCAAGGCAGUACCCAGUUCCAAGGAGAAGCGCACCUCGCAAGUAUUGCACAUCAUAGAUGGGCCAGCGCUCUGA